AUGGAUAAAAGUUGGAUCGAUCUACCCACUGGUCAUCGUGAAUAUAUCGACGGUUGUAUGGAAUUUAUUGAGUUUUCCAAGCAAGAUCUAGUCGAAGGAAAAAUUAGAUGUCCAUGUAAGAACUGUAAGGUAGAGAAAUGGUUCUCCAUAAAUGAAGUGGAGAGGCAUAUUUUGUUUAAGGGAUUUUAUAAGCCAUAUAAGGAUUGGAUUUUUCAUGGUAAAGGGGAUACGUUUCAGCGUAUGUUUGAGAGUGAUGGAGGGAUUACUAGUGAAGGAUCCCUUGAUAACCAAAGUGGGUUUGUAGGUCGAGAUAAUAUGGGAGGGCUAUUAAGAUCAGCAUUUUGUGUUAAUAUGCCUCCCAAUUGCCCAAAUUUAGAAGCACGAGAGGAUGAUGAAUGGAUUGAGGAGCCCGUGGCCUAUGACACAGAUGUAGAAUAUGAUUAUUCUACAAUAGAAGAAGAUGUGACAUAUAAGAAGUUGCUUGAAGCUUCUGAGGAGAAAUUAUACGAGGGGUGUAUCGAUUUUUCAAAGUUAUCUUUUCUGUUACACUUCUUUCACUUGAAGUACUUGGGCCUUGGGUAUGAAAAGAUUGAUGCUUGUCCGAAUAAUUGCAUGUUGUAUUGGGGUGAAUUUUUAAAGAAAGACAAGUGUCAUGUUUGUGGUACAUCGAGGUGGAAGAAAACUAAGGAUAGGGGCAACGUUGUAAGUGAUCAAGGUACGGAUACUUGUAAGAAAGGUGUGCCAGCUAAGGUAAUGCGAUAUUUCCCUCUUAUACCGAGACUAAAAAGAAUCUACAUGUCAUCAGAAACAGCAGAAGAUAUGAGAUGGCAUGAUACAGAGCGAUUGGGUGAAGAUGAUAAGAAGAUUUUAAGGCAUCCUUCAGAUGGCUUAGCAUGGAAGGCAUUUGAUGAGCGUCACAGUGAUUUUGCAUUAGACCCUCGUAGUGUUCGAUUAGGUCUUGCGAGUGAUGGUUUUAAUCCUUACCGUUUAAUGAACACCACUUAUAGUACGUGGCCAGUGAUGUUGAUUCCUUAUAAUCUUCCACCAUGGUUAUGUAUGAAACCAUCUUCUUUCAUUAUGUCCACGCUUAUUCCUGGAAAAUCAAGUCCCGGAAAUGAUAUUGACGUGUAUAUGCAGCCAUUAGUGCAUGAAUUGAAAUUGCUGUGGCCAGGGGUUGAAGCUUUUGAUGCUUUUGCCGGAGAGAAAAUUAAUUUGCGUGCGGCUUUGCUUUGGACUAUUAAUGACUUUCCCGGCUAUGCAAUGCUCUCUAGUUUGAGCACAAAAGGUUACAAUGCAUGUCCUAUAUGCUUAGAUUGCACGCCUUCUGAUAGAUUUGGGAGCAAGAUUUGCUAUUGUAGCUAUAGAAAAUGGUUACCUGCAGAUCACCCAUAUCGAUGUCAAGGUGACAAGUUUUGUGAGAAGUUUGGAACUAAUGAGUGCGGCACUGAUAUAUUGAGGCAGCAAGAAAAGGUGAAGCAUGUUUACGGAAAGUCGAAGGCACCACCGAAAAAGAGGCAAAGAGGACACGAUGAUGACGAUGAUGUCCAAGAUGAAAGUGACUUUGGUACCAAGAGAAGCAUAUUCUUUGAUUUGGUGUAUUGGGAGCAUAAUCUUCUAAGGCAUAAUUUAGAUGUGAUGCACAUUGAGAAAAACGUGUCUGAGAAUAUUUUGGGAACUCUUCUUAGUAUGGAUAAGAGUAGAGAUAGUAGGAAUGAUCGAGAAGCCCUUGAAGCAUGGAGAAUAAAGUCUCACCUUUGGCUAAGUACUAAUCCUAACGGAGGUGAAUGCAUGCCUCCGGCUUCCUAUUCUAUGUCUACGGAGGAGAAGGAGAGGAUCCUAAAUGUUUUGCAGAAAAUUAAAGUUCCUGAUGGAUAUGGAUCCAACCUUUCUAGUUGUGAUGAAGCAAAGGAAGUUGAUUAA